AUGAAGUCUUUCUCCCCCGUUGCUCUGGCCUUGAUGGCCGCCUUUGGCAUGGCUGCCGCUGAAGACAUUUCUGCCUCUGAGUGUGCUUCCAUGUGUCUCUCCAACAUGAGCAAGCAGGCCUCCGACUUGGGUUGCAAGGCCGGUGACAUCGCCUGCCUGUGCAAGAGCGACGACUACAAGUUCGGUAUCCGUGACUGCACCAAGGAGGCCUGCCCCAGCGACGAUGCCGAGAAGGUUCUCGCUAUGGCCGUCGCCAAGUGCCCUGGCGGUGUUUCUGGCUCUGACGCUACCUCUGGUUCUUCUGGCUCCAGCUCUACCUCUGGCUCUGGUGACUCCACUACCACUGGCUCCGACGCUAGCUCCACUGGCUCUGAUGCCUCUGGCUCCAAGACUGCCACCGGCUCCGACGCUAGCGCCACUGGCACUGAUGCCUCUGGCUCCAAGACUGCCACCGGCUCUGACGCCAGCGCUACUGGCACUGGCGCCUCUAGCUCCAACGUCAGCGGCAGUGCUUCCGCCACUGGCUCCGUUACCACCAUCACCAGCACUAACGCCUCCGGCUCCAUGGUGACCCAGACCAGCACUGGCGCCUCUUCCACCUCCACUGGCUCCGGCUCCGGCAGCGACUCUGACUCCGAGUCUGGUUCCGGUUCCGGCUCCGACUCCGACAGCUCUGCUUCUAGCUCCGCCGGCGCUGCUGCUUCCAGCACCAGUGAUGGUGCCGCUGCCCCCAUGGCCACCGGUGGUGCUAUGGGUGUCCUCGGCAUGCUCGCUAUCCUCGCUCUGUAA